GGGGGCUGAUCUCCACCUCCAGAGGUCAUUCUCUCUACAGUCACCACUUGUUGCCAGAGCGGAUCGGGGCUCCAGCAUUCAGCAGCAAACACAUUUCAAGUAUUUAUUCCGCCUAUCGAGACCUACAUGUCUGGAUGUUGAAUGCGGAACGUUACGCGGACUGAAGCAAGACUCCUGUGAUCUGGUUCAUAAUAUCUGGCGCAUCUGACGGACAGAAGCAUGGUUGAUAAUAUAGCAACUAAAUCUGCUUUGCAAGGCUCUUUCUCGUCCGCCAGCAGCCUUCCCCUGCAGGCUCCCUCCGCCUCCUCUCACAGCCUCUUCCCCGGCGCACAGUCCCAGCAGCCGGCCAGCGGAGGCAUGAAGCUCGAAGCCGUCAUGGAGAACCUGCAGCGGCAACAGGCAGCGCGACUGGCCCUGGAAGAGAAGCUCCGGCAGGCGGAGACGGAGAAAGACCUCCGCUCCAUGGUGGAGUCCCAGAUCCACCAACAAGCUCUGGCUUUCCGACACUACCAGGCGGCGAUGCGCGGAGCCCUGGCGGCUGGAGUUGCCAACUCGUCCCCCGGAGUGAUGCUCCCACAUAUGGAGGUCCGAAGAGCCGACGAGGAUAGCUCCGGACCGGGCAGCGACGACAGGGAGCGAGACGAGGAGGGAGAGGACAUGGAGGACCAGGACAUGAUGGAUGAAGACGAGGAGGGCGAAGACGAUGUCAGUUUGAACCACUUCCAGCACCGGCAGUCCUCGCUCCUGCAGGGAGCCUGUCUCCCUCCGAAAAGCACCCCGAUGCAUCUCAUGGCCAGAGUCCCGGCGGCCUUCGCCCCGGGCCGGCGUGCAGAGUCUCCAUCGGCGCCACCGCCCCAGCACCACGACUGGACCUACGAGGAGCAGUUCAAACAGCUGUAUGAAUUGGACGAUGGGGAAAAGCGCAAAGAGUUUCUCGAUGACCUAUUCAGCUUCAUGCAGAAACGGGGGACUCCAGUGAAUCGGAUUCCUAUCAUGGCCAAGCAGGUGUUGGAUCUCUACAUGCUCUACAAGCUCGUCACAGAAAAAGGCGGCUUAGUGGAAGUCAUCAAUAAGAAAAUAUGGCGUGAGAUCACCAAAGGCCUUAACCUCCCUACCUCCAUUACCAGUGCAGCUUUCACUCUGAGAACACAGUAUAUGAAGUACCUCUACCCGUAUGAAUGUGAAAAGCGAGGCCUGAGCUCCCCCGGUGAGCUUCAGGCAGCUAUCGACAGCAACCGGCGGGAAGGCCGUCGGCAGAGCUACGGCUCGGCCAUCUUCAACUACUCUCCUGUGGGCACCCCCACCCUCAUGUCCUCACCGAAGAUGCACUUGUCCCACCUCUCUAUGCCCACGCACAACUCUGGCCAUAUCUCCCAGGUGCCUGUGAUCAAGAAAGAGGAGUCCAUGAUGGCCAGCUGCCUGCCCAGCCGCGGGGGCCUUUCCAUGUCUCACAGCAGCCAUCACGCAGCAGCCAUGGCCGCUCAGGCAGCCGCAGCUCAGGCAGCAGCGGCCGUCCAGGCGGCGGCACUGGAGCAGCUCCGAGAGAAGCUGGAGGGUGGUGAGCCGCCGGAGAAGAAGAUGAUGAUGGUGGCCGAGGAGCAGCAGAGGAUGGUGCAGCACGCUCUGCAGCAGAACCUGCUGGCCAUGGCCUCCCAGCUGCCCCUCAACAUCAAACUCAACAACAGAGAUGAUAGACAAGAGACCGCAUUGAACCUGUCUACCAACGGCAUUAGCAGCAUCAACAUGUCAAUAGAAAUAAAUGGAGUUGUCUACACAGGCGUCCUGUUUGCUCGGCAGUCAGCCAUAGCAGCGAUGACGGGACACCGCGGGAGACACGGCAACUGUCAGACUCAGGGAAAGAGCAGUCCCUCACAGUUCCAGCCCUCCUGCUCCUCCUCCUCCUCUUCCUCCUCCUCUUCCUCGCUCCAUGGACACAGAAACUCCUCCCCCUGAGUUUCCUGUCCCUCUUCACCUCCUCUCCAGACUUACCAGGGAGGAGAUCCUCUGAAAGACACCAAGCAGUUAGAGACACAUCAGAGAAAGCCACCCUCAACUCGUUUUGACGGAGGCUCUCUUCAUCACAAUCCUUCUAGGUCAGACUGAAGAGUAGUUAACAUUUUUACAUGCAAGAAAUCUUCCAGUCCCCCGUUUCCCCAUCUUCCUGCUCUGAGUUAGCGGUGUGUUUGGAGGACCUGUGAGUGUUACUAUUGUCUUGAACACUUCAAACGCAUGGUCGCCCUUCAGCUUCUGGUGAAACCUGGGUGAAGCCAAAUGAAGAAUCCUCAUUGUGCAACAUUUCAAUCAAAAGAUGAACAGCUGACCUUCAGCAGGAAAUGAUGUUUGUCUGCUUUAUGAAACUCACUACUUACAGCUGAUACCAAAGAAGAAAAACAAAUCCAUAUUGGUAAACACGUCCAGCGUUUUCAAUGAGCAUAAGCUCCAAUUAUCAAAGAUUAUGGCGAGAAUACAAGCACGUCCUAACAGGACAUCUUCAUGUAAUGGGUAAAAAGCCUGUCUACACUCAUUAAUAUGGUCAUUAAGGCUGGACGGAGCUAUGUUUGUGUGCUUGCAAGCAGUCUCUUCUCUUAAACAGCAGACAAUCAGAAACAUGUUAGCUUGCUUAUUAGCCAGCAGGCUAAUGGAAGCACAAGGUCACAGUUAACACAUAGCGCCAUCCAACAGUAUCAAACCAAAGUCAACUGAUCAGUUGGAUCCCCCAGCAUCAGGCCCACUGUCUGCUAGUUUGUACAAUGAGCACAUUCACUUCAAGAUAUUCAAAUCGAAUCGUAAUACUAUCUAAAAAACAGGAUUACAACUAUAUUUUGCAGGGUCCCUCUACAAUCAUGUAUUUAUCUGUUUUGUGUUGUGCACAGCACAAAAAGUAAAUGAAUAUUAAAGUCACUACAAAGAAUUUAUCACAUAUAUAACCCCUGAGGAACAUGGGUCCCAGAGCAGUGUAAGCGUUGACUUUAAUUAAAUGUAUUGUGUCAGCACAUUUCACAUCACUGUAUUAAGUUAGUUGAAAGCCAUAAUAAUAAGUUUAAAUACAAAAUAUUUCAAGGUUCAACUUAAUAUUAUGGCUUUCAACUAACCUGAUACAGUGAUUUGAAAUCUGUUGACAUUCCGUUUUUUUAGUGUGUGCCUAAUUUAAACACACUGUGUACAAGAAAUUGUACAAUUGCAUCAGCUCAAACCAACAUUGGACAAUAUAAAUUGGACAAUUUCACCAAAGAUGUAUUGCUUGCACCACCGACCAUUCAUUUUCCUGACAAGGAUAUACACAUGACAAGAACCUACCAAUCCGGAAAGCCAUCAUUCAACACAGUUCACACACACACAUUUAGUAGACUCUGCUAAGGCAGAGUUAUAGAUAUGAUCUUUUUAUUUUUUGAUUACUUUAAUAUGAUGUAAUAACUGACCCUCAUCAGUUCUCCAUGUACUCUUUUUUUAAUGGUGCUCUAAUGAGGCUUUGUUAAUGCAGUACUAAGUUUGGCCCCUGGGACAAAUUUGUAUAAGAAAGUGUAUAUUGCAUUCUGGGACAUCAACCACACACUGUAGGGAUGAGUUUAUUAUGCGUUUGGCUCACAGUUAUUAGCCGUUAGUAUGUUAGCUGUUGUCAGAAACUAUGAUAGCUAGCUGAGAUAUGAGAUAAAGAGAGAAUUCUUCCCAUGAAAUAGUCUGCUCCCAGCCACUGCUCACUAACUAAUCGUGUCUGCUGCACUGAAACAACUGAAACGUUGACUUAGCUAAAUGUAUCAUGUCAACAAAUUUCACAUUAUAUUAUUAGGUUAGUUGCAACCAAUACUAUUAAGUUGAACCUAAUGUUUUGUAUCUAAACUUAAUAUUAUUGCUUUCAACUAAUACAGUUAUGUGAAAUCUGUAGACAUAAUCAAAGUCAACGUUUCAGUUUUUCAGUGUAAAGGGACCUUCAGUAUGGAUGUUAGGAGGCUGCUGACCACAUUAGUUUAUUCUUUUUCCCCCUAGGGUUUUUUUUUGUUGCUGUGAUCAUAAACUUGAUUUUUUUGACACAAGAAAUGCCCCAACUUGUGGAAUGCAUUUUUAGUUAGUAAAGAUCGCAAAAUAUUCAAACAUUUAUUAGUAUUAAAACAAAAUUGUUAGUCAAGAUCACAGAGAAUCAUUCUUUCACUUGAUGACAAAAACUGUCCUCUCGCUUGCAGAGUGGAAAGAGACAGAUUGAAUUGAUGUGAUGCAGACGUUGUUCCGGUCCAAUGGUUUCCUCAUUCACUACAGCAAAUGUUGCGAUCCACAUAUUGGCCCACUCUUGUGGUUGUGGUCAGAAAAACUUAGAGAAAUCUCUGAGUCGGUAGAGCUGCGGCACAUGACAUUGCAUUUGUUCUUUGAAGAAAUCUUCUGCAACGCACAUUGAGUAAAGCCAGGACCACUAGCAUGUAGAAUAUAUCAGUGGUGUUUGUUAACAUAUAAGAUGCAUAAUAAGCACAAAGCUGGCGUGACAUAGCCUUGGGAAGAGAUGAAUCAAGAGAGUGCUUGUAUGGCAUUGAAAUCAUUUGAGGAACGAGCAGAGCACUUCUUCCCGAGGCAGUAAGUGAUCGGAAACAAAGGAGGCGACACACAAAGACAUGUCGUCUGUAGGAAACUGUUAUCAGUCACUCACAAGUUUUAUAUUGUGAACAGAACCCAGGUUUCUUUUUUUUUUAGCAAUGCACUUGUGUAACAUCAGAAAGCUCUUCCAUCUUUAAGUUCUCUCUUUCUUUCUCAGUUAUCAAUAAGAUAUCAAAUAUUGUCUUUAUUAUGAAGGGAAAUGGGAUGUAGUUUGAACAUAUAUGGGUUUUUAUUAAGUCUGUUAAAGCAUUUAAUUGCAGAUUUUAUUUAUUGUGUUUUAUAUUCGAUGCUGCAAACGUUGCAUUCAGCUCCACCACUCUGUUGCAAACCCUUUGGAAGAGUUUUCUGGAAUGCAGAUACCUCACCAAUCUCCCUGUACAUAGUCAUAGAAUGAAUACAAGAUAUACCUCAUAAAUUCCAUUUAUUUUUUAUUGUACAGCCACCUGAAAACCAAUGUUUUACUUCAACAGAUCACUGGAUUUUUCUUUUUUUUCAUAUUUUGUAUGAUUAUACCAAAGAAGGGAAUAUUUUAUUGACACACAUCUACCUCAUUUGUUAUAGACUGUGCCAACAAGCAUGUCCACAAUCUUUAUUGCCAGUGUAUCCAUGGUGUUUCAUAUCCAUGUAUUUGUGUGAACACAAAAUGCUUUUCAGUCAAUGAAAAAACCAAUAGAUUAGUUAAGCAACAUGUUCAAAGUGCUUUUUACGUUGGGUGUUGUGCCGGCGCAACAAAACAGCCUUUUGUGGAACACAGUAGGUACGCUUGUCAAACGAAUCCAAUCUGCAUGAGAACAUGAACAUACAGCGGGGGGGAAGACAGCAGAUUGGAACAAUGAAUGGCUCAGAUUUGAUAUUUUUCCUGUCCUGAGGAUGGCGGUGUCAGAAGCUCUGAUUUCCAAAGUGACUGUAAGGUGCAGUUUAGCACGUAAAGGACUCUCAGAUUGUACCAUCACACUGAAGUCAACAUCAGACUAACUGAUGGGAAUAUGUAUCAGCUGAUAUAAGCUCAUAGCCCGAUAUAUCAUAUCGACUGAAAAAUGUCAAAAAUAUGUCAAAAAAAGCUUGUCCAGCAGGAAUCAUUGACGUCUUUGUUAAGUUCACUUCAUGUGUGGCUUACUAUUCUUAGAAGCAAAUGUUUCGAUAAACAACAAAGACAGGCCAAUACAUUUGAUCAUUUUACUAAUUUACACCACUUAAAUGAGGUUUCGAUUACAUUUGCUCUCUCAACAAAGCAGCCUUAACCUUUACUCUGGCAACACCAUCAGUCCAAGAUUUUGUAAAACGUAUCAACAGGCAGGUUCCCAAUAAUCUACUGAGCACAUUCAUGUUCCCCAGAGGAUGAUCCCUUUAGAUUGUAUUCGCUGAGACGCUGUGUUCCUGGUCUCACUCUUCAUGCAGAUGUUCACAGUUCUUGAUUUAAAAUGCUUUGACUAGCUUAUGAUGACAGUGUAACACUCUAGGCUGAUUACUGGUGAUAAAGCUAAUAAUAUAUUAUGUGACUUUAUGUAUAGAUGGUGAUGUUGAAUUUGUACAAACACAAUCGUGCAGCAGAGGACAAUCCUCAGCCAAUAAGAUGGUGGUUGUGCUUUAUGAUUCUCAUGUUUACUUGAAAUGUGUUCUCUAGCAAUCAGACAAAUGUGCAGGUAGACAAAGGUCCAAGGAAAGAAUCCCUUCCUUAUACACUUUGUGUUGCAUCCUUGAACACUGAAACACUGAUAGCAGAUCAGUAUUAAUGGGCCUCAGCUCUGCAAUAGUGGUGCAUUGAUGAUGUGUUUGUGUUGGCCGAUCUGGUAGUUAGCAUCGCAAGGGUUCUCUCAACAAAAAAGCAAUGGGAUUUUUCUAUUGGACUUGGUUCUAUUCCAGAAAAUAAGAUCUGUGGCAAACACACGUUUAUGUUACUUACCCAUUUUGUUCAGCAGGAUCAUUUCCACAUAUUACAACUACUUUUAUGUUUUCCGAAGCAUGAAUAGGUAAUAGGCUAUCAACAAACUACAUCUCGUUUGCAGGACUUUUCGUCCACACUGCUAAGCUAAAGGUGGCUAAUGUUCGGCGUGAUGAUGUUAGUAGUCUUAGUUCAAAAAACUUCAGAGAAUUGGAAUUGGUAAAAUGCUAACACUCAUCCUGCACCCCUCUAUAGAGUUGCAAAGUGGGAGAAGUUGUUUCAUUUUUAGGUAUCCAGGGUUCUGGAAGUUGAUGGUUCCUUCUGCUGCACCAUGAACUCUGACUUUUCUUUACCUGUGAUACACCCAACCACUCCAAGAAGUCACCAAGAAUUUGAGUAGAAAGACAAUUAUACAAUAGUAGCUGCUUCUCCCACUUUACCUCUGUCCAGAUUAGAGAGAAUAGUCUUAGAUCCAUUCACCUUAUUACCGUUUGUGAUGAUCAAUUACAUAUGUGUACCACGUUCCUGGAGUCAGUCAGAGGUUCUGUAAAUUGGAACUGCAUUGGGUGGUGAUUUUCUUGGAGACUUUGAAGGUGAAGUAACAAAAAUGGCUUUAGUCAACAUGGAGAGUCUUCCAUUUCAGUCAAUACAGACAGGUGAACCUUGAAGGUAACUAAGUAUAAUGCCUUCGCCUCCAUUCCCUCCCAAAAAUUGGAGCAACUUAAUUGUCCAGGAGAUGGCUGUCCAAGAUGGUGGUACACAUGUUGCCUCUGAAAGGGGGUCAUGUAGGACAGUGUACAUUUUCUACUUCCAUGAUCCAGGUGCUCCUCAUAGGUCAGCCCUGUCCACGUCCUGCUGUACAUACUGCUGAAUGAUGCCGACACUGAACACAUCAGGUCCUGCAUUCUUCUCACCAAAGAGUUUUUCAAAUUGUGACCACGCUCACAUGAUUUUUAGGUCAUUACCAAAGGCAGAGCAGACAAGCAAAGACAAAGCGACAGCUCUGCAUGCAGAAAAAAAAAGAAUUUACUUAUCUAAUCAAAUAACAUGUGGUUUACUUUGUAUUAUGCUAUGCUGGUAGUUUUUAGACACUAAUCGCUUAAUUAGCUGUGUAUGAAGCUUUAAAUGUUUCUUUUAUUUCCCUUUAGUUCAUCUUGGAUAAAUCCAGUGCAUUAUGGGAAUGCUGGAUUGUGGUGCUCAGGGGUUAAAAAUUUACAAAAAAGAAGUGAAAGAGAUUUUCCUGUUUUGCCAUUUGACUUGUAGCGUAUUUAGAAAUAAAAUCAUGCUUUUAACUUCA